UCUAUUUCAGGCACCAGGUCCAGAACCAAUUUGGGAUGGCAUAUACGAAGCUAUUGAAGACAAUGUAAUGUGUCUUCAAUGUCAGAUGAAUCCUUUUACAGGAGUGAUUAGAGAGAAACCUGUGGGCCAAGAACACUGCCUGAAGUUAAAUGUCUACACACCUGCGUUCCCUUCAGAUUCCAUGUUGCCUGUCAUGGUAUUUAUACACGGCGGAGGUUUCGCAGAAGGUUCAGGCAUACCCUUACUCUACGGACCUAACUACUUAGUGCCUAAAGGAGUUAUAUUAGUGACGUUCAAUUACAGGCUAAAUCUACCAGGAUUUCUCAAUCUAGGAAUAAAAGAGGCUCCAGGUAACGCUGGGAUGAAAGACCAAGUCGCAGCCCUCAGGUGGGUUCAGAAAAAUAUUAAAACAUUCGGAGGAGAUCCAGAUAAUGUCAUAAUUUUCGGCGAGAGUGCUGGCGGCGCCUCGGUGUCUUACCACUUGCUGUCUCCAAUGUCCAAGGGACUUUUCCACAAAGCCAUCACCCAGAGCGGCUCUUCUUUAUGUCCGUGGGCUUUGCAAGUGAACCCAGUUCAUAAUGCUCACCGAAUAGCAAAAAGUUUGGGUUACGAUACGAAAGACCCUCAUGAGUUGUACAAGAUUUUGAACAAUCUGCCGUUACCUGAUCUAGUUAGUAUAAAGUUUCCAAAAGAUUUAAGACAAACAAUAUUUUCUGAACUUUUCUACGCCCCUAGUAUUGAAAAGAAUUUUGAUGGAGUUGAAGCUUUUCUGACAGAAGAACCGUACCAAUUGUUAACGAAGGAGAAUUAUACCAAAGUACCAUUAAUUAUAGGAUCAACAAAUGAAGAAGGUUAUUUCUUCAUAGGUGUAGAUGAUGCGGUAGUAUCUAAAUCUAUCCUCGAUUUCAAACUCGCAUUGCCUAAUAAUGUUGAAUUUCCAUCAGAGGCAAAGAAAGAACGAGUUGCUGGAGAAAUUAGAAAAAUGUACAUGGGUGAUGAGCCUGUAUCAAAGUCGCCCUCAGCAAGUAUAAAACUUUCAGGAUACUACGGGGAUCCAUUCCUAAUUUACCCGUCUUUGGCUGAGACUGAGUUACUGCUUCAGUCAACUGAUAAACCUAUCUACAACUAUUAUUUCAAGUACAGUGGCUGGAGGAACGUGGGCAAAGCCUUUGCGGGAAGAGGUUUUCUGUCGGAGCCGGGAGCGACGCAUGCAGAUGACAUAUUUUAUUUGUUUCAUCAGCCCUUCAUGUCAUGGCUGGCAUGGUUUGACAACUCGGAGCGGCCAAUGUUUGACAAGGAAAUGAUAGACAAAAUGACGACUUUGUGGACUAAUUUUGCAAAGUACGGCGAUCCAACCCCUGUCACCUCAGAGCUCAUGCCGCAGCGCUGGCUUCCCUCAACGGCCGCGGAUCUUCGGGCCUUUGUGCUGGAUCGAGAAACCUCCACUGUCCCUCUGUGGUUCAAGGAGUCGCUCAUUUACUGGAGGGACUUGUACUACAAAUAUAGGAGAAAAUGA